UUAGGUGUUAAAAGGCGGAAAUGAAUGCUAGGCUAAUGCAGAGGUAAUAUAAGAGCAGGUCAGUGUGACAUGUUUGCUCAGUGGCUGGGCAGGACCACAUGCUCUGGGCUGCUUUUACAGCUCAGUUUUUUUUGGUGAAGCUCGGCUGAGAGUAUUCAGCCUCAUCUAGCGGUAAAAUGUGAAACACACACACACACACGGUGUUUCCGCGGCGUGAGGGACUCCAGUUCAGUUAGUAUUGUGAGAUGAGCUGUUUAAGUCAUGGCGAGGAAUGUGAUUCCGUGGAUUUGGCUGAGGAAGCCCAUCUACAUACAGGCUCGGUUCUCCUACUUGCACAUGAAGUACCUGUUCUUUUCCUGGUUGGCCGUGUUUGUAGGAAGCUGGGUGGUGUAUGUCGAGUACUCCUCCUAUACAGAGCUGUGCCGUGGACAUGAGUGCAAAAACACUAUUUGUGAUAAGUUCCAGAAGGGGGUGAUCGAUGGUACAGCUUGCAGCAGCUUAUGUGAGAAGGAGACACUGUAUUUUGGGAAAUGUCUGUCUGCCAAACCCAGUAACCAGGUGUAUUCUGGUAGCUGGGGAGAUUUGGAGGGUAUCAUUAAGUGCCACAUGGAGGACGUUCCUCACUAUGACCUGGAGGCAGAGCUGGAACCACGGAGAGAAUCGGCAGCCUUUAAUAGGCCCACUAAAGGCACAUCUGUGGAGAAGUUCAGAGAGAUGGUCCUGAGCCAUCUAAAGGCGAAGGUGGGCGAUCAGGCCAACCUGCAUGACUUGGUGGGGCUCGUGCUCGGCGUGGCUGAUGCCAACAAAGAUGGCGAGAUAUCUCUGGCAGAGGCACGCUCAGCCUGGGCUCUGCUGCAGCUGAACGAGUUUUUGAUGGCGGUGGUUCUGCAGGGGCGGGAACACACUCCAAGGCUGCUGGGCUUCUGCGGAGACUUGUAUGUAGUGGAGAAGGUGCCGUACGCACCACUCUAUGGCCUCAGCCUGCCCUGGGCCGUGGAGUUAUGGCUUCCAUCAGGCCUACGCAGGAGUGUGGAUCAGUGGGUGGCACCAUCAUGGCCUCGCAAGGCCAAAAUUGCAAUCGGCCUCUUAGAACUGGUGGAAGACAUCUUCCAUGGGCCAUUUGGCAGCUUCCUUAUGUGUGAAGUGAAUGCAGCAUGCUUCGGCUACACCGAGCGCCAUGACUUGAAGGUGCUGGAUGCCAGGCGCAUCGUUCCUGAAACUGCUUUCCAGAAAGUGAUGCGCGAGCGGCGGUGUGAAGUUGAUACUGACUGUCUAUAUGGAGUAGAUUGCCACACCACCUGUGACCUCACGAAGCACCGCUGCACCACUGAGGUGACGCAGCCGAACCUGGCUAAAGUGUGUGGUGCACUGAAGGACUAUCUGCUCCAUGGAGCACCGCCAGACGUGAAGGAAGAGUUAGAAAAGCAGCUGUAUGCAUGCAUGGCCCUGAGAGGAGCCACUGAGCAAAUGGAGAUGGAACACUCGCUCAUCCUGAACAACCUGAAGACACUGCUGUGGAAGAAGAUUUCGCACACAAAGGACUCCAAGUGAAAACUGAGUAACUGUAGUUGUCUGGACAGGAAUCAAACUACAACAGUGUUUAAUCCUUAAUAGAGCCUUCUAAUCUAAAUUUUUGUUAAAUUAAGCUACUCUGGGCUCCCAAGCAAGGCAUCAUGAUGGUGCAGCAGGUAUCAUUGCCACCUCACAGCUCUAGGGUCACCAGGUUGAUCCUGAAGUCAAGUUCCUCUCUGUGCAGAGUUCUCCCUGGGCCCACGUGGCUUUCCUCUGGCUUCCUCCUACCUCCAAAAAUCUUGCCGCUAGGUGGAUUGGCUAUGCUAAAUUGGCAUACUUGUGAAUUAGUAUGUGAAUGGUGCCCUGCUAUGGAACAGCAUCCCUUUCCCAUAAAGCACUUACUAAAGAUGAAUUGAAUAACCUCCCAAGUGGCACAAUUAUCUCAAGUGACAUAAUUAUCUAUGGUGUCACCCUAUCAUCAACAGAUUGCUGAUCAAAUCCUGAUGAUGCCACAGCUAUUCAUGGCCAGACCACCAUAACUGGUCACACUCUCUGGGUGGGAAGGUCUGUACACUAAAUCCAUGUUGUUGCAUAAGCAGCACUUGGAAAAGAUAUCAGUGGCUGUCUUCUUGUGUCAUAUGAAACGUGCAUUAGCUUUCAUUAUCCAGUAAGGGAGACCUAGUGAGCAGCUGGAAAUUAGAUAUGACUAAUGUGAGAAAAUUGGUUUUAAAAAGCAGCAGUAAGCGUGAUAACGAUACACAGUUGGAGCAAACAUACAAUUCCGAACUCUUACCUAUAUACCUUGCUAUAGAAGGCACACUACAGGUCCAGCACUAGAGAAAAUAAAAACAGCAGACAUCCUGCCAGUGCUGGCAGAGGACUAAACUGCCACUGAAUCUAUCAAACUGCAACUUCCCAGUUUCUGUACUAUAUGGGGGGGUGAAAUAUUUUUGGAUAAUCUAUAAGAAAGCUUGUUCUAAUAGCUUUAGUCUAUAAUUUAUUCCAAAUGUAAUUUUGUAGAGAGACAAAGUUGCUGUAUAAAUCAUUUCCAGCGGCAGUCCCGCUUGGCUAUAUGUAGAAAGCAGACUCAAAUGCUAUUUAUUUUUUUUUUUUAACUCGGUAAAUAUGAGGCAUGUUAUAAUUAUGUACGUUAGAAGCAUGUGAUCAUUUGCAGAACUUGUAGCAUAUUUGUAUGAAUGUGGUUCUGAUUUUAGUUGGAAAGAUGAGAUUACUAUCAGACAGAAAUCAAGCUGGGGGGAUUAAUACUUUUGUCUUAAAGCCUUACCGGUUGAUAUUUUUAAUCAGGAGUAAUUGCAUACAUCACUGCCCAUAAAUUAAAUACAGAACACUGUGUACUUCCAAAAAAUGUGUUUGAAGAAGCAUAUAUUUGUCCAUAAAUAAAGACUAUAAAUUAC